AUGAAUGGGAGGCACAAAUCGUUACCUUUCAACACCUGCAACAAAGGGCUUGUGGAGCAGAGGUUUCCUGUGGCAGCGGGCGCUGGAUGGAAGGAGCCGACGGUGCUGGAUGGGAGGAACCGGCGGUGCGGGCGGGGGGAGUCGGCGCCGUGCGGAGCUGGUGGAGCGUGGGGGUGGGGCUUCGUGACGCCGUCCGGGGCCGCCUUUGGCCCGCCGCGCGGGGAAGCGUCGGGCCGGCACCCGGCGGGAGGCUCCGGCCGGCCGCGCGGAGGGAGCUUCGGGGCGGCCGCGUGGGGAGGCCGCGCGGGGGGCCUUCGGGGAGGCACACGGUCGGGGGGGGCUUCGGGGAGGCACGCCGUCGGGGGUCUCCGGCCGGCCGUCGCGGGGAGGCGUCAGGACGACGGCUCCCGCGGGACCGAGAUGGCGUGGUGGCGGCGCGAGGCAGGAUUGGGGAGAAAGGCCCGCGCGCAGGAUAAGGUUUAG